AGGUAUAGUAUAGCUGAUCCUAACCACCAGACACCAAAUUGGAAAAAUCAUUUAUACAUCAACUCUAUCUUUGAGGUCCAGUGUGUGACGAAGAAAGACGGAGACAGUAAAUAAAAUAUAUCAUCAAUCUCCAAACUCACGGUGACGGAGGUGAUGGGUGUGUGAGGGAGUGAACAGUGUCGGGGAGAACGUGGUGGAGACAACAUGGUGGUGAUGGUGAGGACGUCGCGGUUGCGGCCGGCGGCGAUGGUGGUAAUGGUGGUGUUGGGUGUGGUCGUUAAGCCCCUCUUCGCUCAAGAUCCUUCAGAAGCAGCGGAUAUGGAAGCAGUCGUGCAGGCUGUGUCAACAUCGUCCACUCCAACAGACCAGCCGGGGACCGACCAGGUGCGUGUGCUGGUUCUACAAGAGUCGGGCAAGCCAAGCUCCACCAGCUACGCCCGCCUCCUCACACCCUUCCCAGAACUCCGAUCUUUCACAGUCUGCUACAGGAUCCGCUUGAACAGGUUCAGGGAGGAGUCCACCCUCAUGUCCUACGCUGUGUCCAAUGACAAGGACAACGAGCUCAGGAUGGACCAUCAGGUGGCGAGCUUCAAGGUGUCACUGCACAGCAAGUGGACCCAGACCAAUCUACAGACACCUCUGCGCUCCUGGGCACACUUCUGUUUUACCUACAGCUACCUCACCAGUGGUUGGAAUAUCUUUAUGGAUGGGGAGCUGCGCGCACAUGGCACCCUCCCUCUGAUCCCCAGCCCACUUCUUGGUAACGGCGCUUACGUCAUAGGCCAGGAGCAGGAUUCCUUCGGUGGGGGGUUCCAACGUGACCAGAGCUACAGCGGGGAGAUCACCCAACUGAACUUCUGGUCCACUGCGUUGUCUAACCUCACCAUCAAGAGGAUAUCUCACUGCGAGGCAAAUGUGGAGGGAUUAGCACUUGGGUGGUCAAAACAGGAGUGGCAGCUGGAGGGUGAAGUUUACUCCCUAAUACGGCCUGUGAAGGACUUUUGCAAGACAAGCAAUAGCCGCCACUUCACCUUCUUUCCCAACCGCUUCACUCUUCAUCAGGCCCUCCAUCACUGCAAGGUUCUGGGAGGGAUCUUGGCAGUGCCUCAAACAGAGGAGGAGAACUCACUUGUGUUUCAGUCAUCCCGGAGCCAAGCAGAAUUUUGCUCAGGGAAUGUGGGAGCAUCUUACCUGUGGCUGGGAGCCAAUGACCAUGAGACAGAGCAACAGUGGGUAUACUGGGGCUCAGGAGAACCCAUCCCCCAAGAGGGAACCUGGCGUGGCACUGGGCCCAAUGGUGGCAUUGUUGAGAACUGCUUGGUAAUGCUGUAUGGCACCUUUCCUGGACAGUGGUCUGACAUUGCCUGUCUAAACACUUAUGCUUUCUGUGUGUCAUGUGAGUUUGAGAACCAAUCAGUUAUUCACCUGAAAGGUUUGGCUGUAUGCGAAGAAUCACCUUUUAACCUGCAUUACUUUCUCGGGGAGGAAAAGGGAGGCCUCCCCUCUUUUUCUGGGUUUUUUCACUCCAACAUUGAAUGGAAUGUCACUAAAGGUGCCUGGGUCCUUCAUUCACUGAAGGAAGAGGAUGCUAUGGCAUGGUGGAUUCCACCACGCUCUGGGAUGUAUCCAUUUGGCACCAACUUAUGGACACUGGGUUCUGAGAUAUGUGACUUACAUCCUGGUGAACAUGUCAACCUGACAUUCUCAAUAUGUGGCACAGACAAAUACACCUGUGAUGAUGGUUCCUGUAUUAAUAUAGAACAACGGUGUGACUUGAAGGUAGACUGCCCAGACAAAAGUGAUGAGGCCAAGUGCUCCGUGGUGAGCAUACCACAAGAUUAUCGCAAUGAUAUCCCACCCCCACCCCCUUCUCACGAUGAACAUCUGCCUAUUUAUGUGUCCAUCGGUAUCUCAUCCUUCCCCUCUAUUGCCACAGAAGACCUUACCUUUGUCACCGCACUGGAGCUAAAACUGCGCUGGAUGGACACAAGACUCAAUUACCUAAAUCUCAAGGGGGACCGAACACUAAAUGUUCUCUCCCAGGAAUCACAAUUGGAGAUUUGGACCCCUAGAGUGUACUUCAGUAAUGCACGAGGCAAUGUAUUUUCCAACUUAGAUCAAGGCUCUCGUAUUGAGUGUAUCAUGGAAGGUACAUCUGUGGUGGGUGGCCCUCACCUCUCAGAAGAAAUGAACAUCUUCAGUGGCUCUGAGAACAGCCUGGAGAUGGGGCAGCUGUACAGUGUCACUCACAGCUGUGACUUUGACCUUCUUAUGUUCCCAUUUGAUGCUCAGGUGUGCACAAUGCUCUUCACGCUGGUAUCAGCUUCCUCCACUUAUAUGAACCUCAUCCCUCUCACGGCUAACUACACUGGCCGUAUGAAACUCAUCGAGUAUGCUAUUGGUCACGUGUCUAUUGCUUCAUUAAACAAUCAAGAUUUCUCAACUGUGGCUGUAAAAGUGAGAUUUGCCCGUCGCUAUGGAUUCUACCUCCUUACUCUAUACAGCCCCACCACCCUUCUUAUCUGUAUUGCCUAUGCAACUCUCUACUUCAACCCUGAUGACUUUAACUCCCGCAUUGUUGUUUGUCUCACCUCACUUCUUGUACUCUCAUCACUCUACACACAGACUUCCAAUUCUUUACCCAAGACAUCAUACUUUAAGCUCGUGGAUGUGUGGCUCUUCUUCUCCAUUGUGAUGAUUUUCAUCAUUGUCAUGUUACAGACUCUGAUAGAUUUCUCCCAUCAGAAAAUGUUUGAUGACAACAGCAAAGUAGUUAAGUUGUUUAGGAGUAUACACAUGCUUUAUUAUAAAGUUACAAGAAAGUCAAUUGAUAAAAUAAAUUCAGCAUAUCUUAGGGAUCAUCACCUAAAAACAAAUGUAAAUGUUAUCAAAAUUGAUGUAAGCAGUUGCCAACGUAGAGAGAAAGUCUCUGAAACUCAGAAUGGGAACUGGAUGAAUAACAAGACUGAACAUCCGGAGUCGAGUACAGAUAUCCAGAAGCCUGAGGUGGUUCGGCAUUUACCAGUAUAUGGACGUGCUUUUCGGAGGCAAAAUUGGUCGGAAAAUCAAGAUGUUAAUAUGGCUCUAAUGAAGAAGAGCCGAAUCAUGAUACCCAUCAUCUUCUUUAUAUUCAAUUGCAUUUACUGGGGAACAGCUAUCAAAUAUGUAAAAACCAUUGAAGCUGACAGUGGUGAUGUGUAGAGGCUUUGGUAUGUAGUGAUAUUUAAAGGUAUUGGUUUAUUUGGAGUAGUGGGAGAGAAAUAAAUAUAAAAGAUAUCAAAUAAUAUAUAUUGUACCUGUACUAUAAGGUAUAUUUUGUAGAAUUCAUGGUUAUUAUUAUUAAAGACUAAAAGAUAUAAACCUAACACAAGAUGGUAGAAAUUACUGUACAGUAUUCACACUUGUGUAGUCCAGUCAAAUGACUGUAACUGUGUAUUAUUUUCUGAGGAUGUGGGGUCUCCUCACCAUACCUUUAUGCUGGUAGUCAUGUUAAAAAAGAAAGAAAAAUUAAUACUGUAUUGUAUACAGAAUAAUUAUUGGGAAGAUACAAAUACUUUAUAAAGUACUGUACUACAGUAUAUUUAGAAAAAGUUCAUUGCAGCUCGGUACACAUUGCACAGUACUGUAUAGUAUUUUAUUAUACCAGUAUAUGCUGUUAUUCAUUAGACACUGUACUUGAAGAUGAGAGAACUAUACUUAAUGUCCUUUAAGCACAGAGUUAACCACAGGUACAGAAAGGAAGAAGCAUUGGUAAUUACUUUAUUACAAAAGCCCCCAUAGAAAUGUGAAAAUGUAAUGAGAUAAUGUUUAAAGCAACUGUAAGUAUUCAAGUUAGUUAUGAACUUUUUGUUGUGACCUGCCAGGUCCCUUCUUUAGAGGUACAAACAAAAUGUGGCUUAUUCUCUUUUUUAGCCAGUUCCCUCAUGUAAGCUGGACUUUAUCCAAAAUGUUAAGAAAAGGAUUAUUAAUUGUUGUUGUACUGUAUAUGGAGAAACAGUAAGCAUAAGGUGUAACUUGUUCUAUUCUCAUAGCCACACAUAAAUGUGAAUACAGUACAUGUAAUGCCAGUUGGGGUGCAUGCUUGUUUUUCACUCAAUACACUUCAUCGCACUUCAGUAAAUUUUUUUUGUAAUGAAUGAAUUAACUGGAUGUUAACCCUUUCAGCAACUAUUAUGUGCCAAUCUCUAUGCUAUUCACCCCACACACACACACAAUAGUGGGAGAGGAAGAGUAAAGAUAUUGAACACACAGAGGAGUAGAUUCAGCUCAAAGGUGGCACCAUACACAAGGGGUUAAGAGAAUGUGUGUGCAAUUUGCUCUGGAUUCCAGCUCCUUGUAUUAGACAGUAAAUGGCUUGAUAGGGUAUAAGAAAUUUAACACUUGUUCAUUGAAGAUAUGUAGCCUACAGUAGAAUGUUGGAAAAAAAUAAAAUAAAAAUUUUCACUACUACUGUACUGUACUGUCAUUUAAUUUUAUAUGCAGUCAAGCAAAGAUGCAUUGACCCCACCCUGGCUCUUGUACUUGCAAUUUUACCUGGCAAUACUGUAUGUAAGGCCGAGGCUGCACUGAGAGCAGGCAAGUGUUGUUGCCAGCUCACGCCUGAUGCCAGUGCGGCCACAUCUAUGGGUUACAAUGUUUCAAAGUUUUCGACGCCCGCCCGCUCUCAGUGCAGCCGUGGCCUAAUGGAGAUUGUGAUUGGUGGAUUUAUUUUUUGGCUGUAUCACUGUCAGAAUAAAUAUUGAGCAAUCUAAA